CCUAGUGGUUAUUUUAAUUUGUAAUUGGAGAUCUAUGUUUGCUGAAAGCUGUUAAUGUCGCUAAAUAUGUAAACUUUGUGAUGUUCUACCUACUGCUUCGUCAUAUUCUGGUGCAGAAAAUGAUGUUUACUCGAUGUGAUGUUAGAGAGAUUGAUGCUUAUUCACUCGACCAAUCUGCAAUUUUUUAUUUCAGUAAUGUUUAAGCUCUGCGUUUAUGUUCAUGAUUUUGCAAAUUUUUUCUUGUUUAAGUUCUGCUUUUAUAUUUCUGUUUCAUUCCUAUGUUAUUAUGGACUGAAAAAUAGGUAUGAGUAAGAGAAGUGGCAAACAACCUCGAAGGUUUUGGUCAAAAAGGGAGGAGGAAUUCCUCAUCGGUUGUAUGAGGGACUUGGUCAAUGAGGAUAGUAAGUGGAAGCUAGAUUGUGGACAAUUUAAGGCUGGCUUUUAUGGGGAGUGUGAGAAAAGGAUCAUAAGAGCAUUCCCGGGAACAAACUUGAGGGCUCAUCCUCAUAUUGAUUCAAAAAUUAAGGCAUGGAGGAAGCAAUACCAUCUGUUGCAAGACAUGCUGAAAUUAAGUGGUUUUGGAUGGGAUGACACGGAAAAGAUGAUAUUGGUUGAUAGUGAUGAUGUCUGGGAAAGCUUUGUGAGGAGUCAUUCUGAUGCAAAAGGAAUGAGAAAUAAGCCUCAUCCGUACUUUGAAGAAUGGCUGCACUUGUUUGGCAAUGAUAGGGCAAAUGAGGACUUAGCUGAGGGACCGGCCGAUAUAAUGGCUGCAAUGGAAAGGGAGGCUGCCACUGAAGAACUUGGAUAUGAGAGUCCUACUUCUGGUUUGGGUACAAGUUUCAUGGAUUAUUCCAUGCCAGAGGGACCUAAUGUGGGCAACUCACAUGGCGGACAGUCCUUUGUCCCACCUUCCUCCAAUGUUGCUGGUAAGAAAAGGAAAAGAGCUGCCGAUGGGAUAACUAAGGGACUUUCUGACAUGGCUGAAGCAUUUGGGACAUUCUUCGAAAACACCAACACUAGAAUGGGUGAGAUAGGUCACAAGAUAGGGUAUGCUCAGGACCUCUCCCUACAGAGGAAACAAGUUAAUGCUGAACUUAUGGACCACCCACUUGACUGGGAACAAAGGUUGAGGGCUGCCACUCUAAUUGUCCAAGAGGCCCAACGCGUGGACUUGUUUUUUAGCUUUCCAAAGGAGGAUCAAGUUGGGUGGGUCGCGCUUUUGCUGGCAGGGGCCAUCUAGAAGGAUGUCUAUGGUCUUAGCUUUUGGGGGAUUCAAAACGAUGAUGUUAUUGGGAUAAUAUGAACUUGAACUUGUUAUAACUAUGAUGACUGUAAGAUUAAGUAUGACUUCAAGUAGGAUUAUGCUACACUAAUGGGAUGAUAUCCCUAUGGCAUGUUAUUGCCUCAUUUUGUAAGAUGCAUAUAUAUAGGGAUGAGCAAAUUGAUCCCUCUGGCAUGUUAUUGCCUCAUUUUGUAAGAUGCAUGUAUAUGGGAAUGAGCAAAUUGAUCCCUCUGGCAUGUUAUUGCCUCAUUUUG